AUGGCGAAUGGAGGCCAUUACUCAUCGGGCACAGCAGUUAGUGGCCUGUAUAUCAAGCGUUUUUGCUCCGGGAAUAUCGUGUUGUCGAUCACGCGAACGAUUGUUCGCAUCCCGCUUUGGGAAUAUCACAUUCGUUUCGAUUCGAAAGUCGGCAAGAAAAUUCCCAACACAGAGGUGUUGAACAAAUUCAAACGUCUAAACAAUGGCCUGUGGAUCAGGACGCACCCGGGCCGCCAUAAAUGGCGAUACCUAAAAGACGAACCUUGGCUGACUCAAAGUCUGUAUCACGAAACCCCCACCAACGAGGAACAACAAAUACUGGACAAGCUGGUGAACAGGUUUUGGCUAAGGCCAAAGUAUUACGUCAACGACCCCUAUGCACCACGAAAGAUUUUGAUCGAUGACUUCACGGCACAAAAGUACUUCUAUGAUCGAUAA